AUGGCUGAUGCUGAUCACCAAUUCCCUCGCCGGAAAGACCUUGGCAAACGUACCUCCUCCGCUGCCAACACCGACACCACCUCCACCACCCCUACCGACAUCGGGGCUGCCACUGCUCCCUGUGGUGCCUGCAAGUUUCUCCGUAGAAAAUGCGUCAAUGGCUGCAUCUUUGCACCUCAUUUCGCCUCCGAUCAGGGCGUUGCUCGCUUUGCCGCCGUGCAUAAGGUGUUUGGAGCAAGUAAUGUAUCGAAGCUGCUGCUUCAUAUUCCGCUCAGUCGCCGGAACGACGCCGUCGUUACCAUUUCUUAUGAAGCUCAGGCUAGACUCUCCGACCCUGUCUAUGGCUGUGUCUCAACUGUACUUGCCCUUCAACAACAGGUGGCAUCUCUGCAAGCGGAGCUUGCGGCGGUUCAAAGUCAAUUAAUAAGCAGCAGGUUGGCAUUUGCAAGUGCAAUUCAGAACUCGCAGCCACCGCAAGUGGGAGUGCAGCUGCAGCCCGCAUACUCCAACAACUCCUCCAUCUCUGUCUCAGCCUCCACCUCCGCUCAUAAUGCAAUCAAUUUGAGCAGUUUUGCUUCCAAUUAUGACCUUCCGGCGGAGACUGCCCCAUCUCCCCAUCACUUGGAGCCUCUCCAUCUCCCCCGCCGAUCCAUUGAAGACGAGGAAGACGAGGAAAAUAGCCAGCUCCCUACCAUCUUCGCCGACGACCUACUCCGUCCACGAUGAUCCAGUCCCUUUACCUUCAUUUUCAAUUCGUAAACCAAUGCCUUCGCCAAGAAUAACAUUGAAGUCAUUUUCCAUCAGCUUUUCCUGCUAACAUUGAGAUAGAAUCAAUGUUGGAGGAAAAGAAAACCAAUGGAAUCAAGUUUUGAAGUCAAUGUUCUACUUUAAAAGUAGCUGUGCUAGUUGUGAUUGAAAGAAAAUAAAAUCGAAGUAAUUAAAUCUA